AUGAAGAUCCGGAUAGACAACAUAUCGGACGGAGAGACUGUCAUAUACUCUACCCCUCUUCUGACAGGGCAGGUAGAGGGUAAUCAUGUCGAUGGGUCGCUCCAAGUCUCUCUAUCAAGUGAACCCAAAGGAGUCAUUAGCUGGCCAGUUAUCGACGGACAUUUUAAGGUUUUGGUGAGACUGCAACCUGGCGAGAACACCGUUAAGCUGCAGUUCAACCAAGAAUCUCUGUCCCUGAGGCUGGUGUAUGAAAUCCCAGGUUUCAGCCACAUUGUCCGGCCAGUAUAUCUAGUGUGUGCCGACGACGAUGGCUAUUUUCAGGGUCCCGAGAACAUUGAUUGCUCGCCCACAUCCGCCAUCAAGAGAAUCAGUUUUGGCGCUGAAAUCAUCCAGUCGCUGACAGCAGAGAAAAUGAAAGAACAUGGUUUCGGUCGAUCGACAUUCCAACUGGACAUGGACUCGGACAAUUUGCCAGUUUGUCAUGUCUUCAAAAGUAAAUUAAGACUGGAGGAGGCCUAUUCUAUGACAGGGUAUCUAUGGAGCUACUUUGGCAAAGAACUGAUAACCUCACCUCUGUUUCCCCACAAAUCACGCUCAAAGUUCUAUUGCUUCAUGUCCUUCACUCGAUACCACUUGCCAAAAGAUGAAGACCUGCCAAAAACCCACAGUGAUAUUCUCAGACACACUAAAGGGCACACAGCGUUGGGUGGAGGAGGUCUUGCCUUAUUUGGGACUGGAAACCUGCAUACCUGGGCUGAAAGUCUGGCCACUUUCAAUUCUUGUUUGACCAACAGAACUCGAAUGGACAGGAAACGGUUCAUGGAUGACAGCGCAUACCGAGAAUACUACUGGGCAAAUUACGCCACAGGUCUGGGAGCAUCCCUGCAUGAGCUGGGCCACACUUUUGACCUGGCACACACACCAUCUGGCAUCAUGGCCCGCGGCUUUGACGACUUGCACAAGAUCUGUACCGUCCCUGACAGAAGUUACAUUGUGCAACCCCCUUUGGUUGUUGGUGUGGAGUCGGGAUUCAAGCCGGCGACACUUCCCACAACUCUGAAUGUUUCUGUGAAGAACUACGAUGGAAGUGAAACACGCCAUACAGUACUAGAAGGCAUGGAAGUUUGUAGAAUCAGAAACAGAUGUUCCACAUCGGCAGCUACCUCCACAACUUCAAUGUCUCCAAUUCCGUCAAAACUGCCCAGCUCUCCCGAUGAAUCAUCAUCAACCUCCGCGGGCACAGUUAGACCAGAGGUCAUCUGUUUAACCGGGGCACACUGGCACAGAUCAUCAGCUGUUGUUCUUCGUUUUCACAAAUGGUUCAAUAAACCAAACCCAAAUGAUGCCAGAAAGAAUCCAGCACUUCAUGGUGCUUGCAUCAGAACACAGUCAGGCCUGCGGGUUGUUGAACUCCGGACAGAACCUGAAGGCUCAGUGUUCCACCACAGGGAGUUUCUAGGCAGUAACCCUCCAAGUGAAUUCAAGCUGUGUCGGUCAGAAGUCAGCAACUUGCCGGCUGGCACCACUACUGUCACUGUUAUGGCCGAGGACAGUUUCGGUAACAUCAUGAAAAAGAAAUUUCCGGUUAAAGAUUUUCU